GUGGGUAAGGAGUAUAGUUUGGGAAUUUUCCCCCAACUAAAAAACCGAAAAGAAAAACCCGAAAAAAACUAUUUCACUAUCUAAUCGCAGAAGACGCCCAAGAAGUAAUAACACAGGACACAAAGAAGCUCCAUCAUCGCCCAUCCACUCUUCUUCUUUUUCUCUUUCUCCGUUUAAUUCUUCAGCUCCUCCAUUGGCACCCGUUGAAGCACCUAUCGUCACCUCUGGUCACGCUGAUGAUACGAGCCCACGCCCCUUUAAUAUGGUGACGAGAAGUGCAGCCGCCCUAAGCUUGUAAUUUCUGUAGCUCCCAAAAAGCUCAUCUGGCCCCAAGACAUUAUAGGCCACUGUUGCGAACAGGGUCCACUCGAUGAUUUUCUUGUAGUGAUUGUGGGAUGGUUCGAUGAAAUUAACAUUGUUGAUAUAGAGUAAUGGGUAGCAGCGAGAUGGAUAAACCUGCUAAAGAGAAAGAGAAGGAGUUGAAGACAACACCUGCUAGUACGCAGGAGCAGUCUGCGACUACUAGUGCUGGCACUGUUAAUCCUGACUGGUCGGGAUUUCAGGCAUAUUCUCCUAUACCUCCACAUGGUUUUUUGGCAUCAAGUCCUCAAGCUCACCCAUAUAUGUGGGGUGUUCAGCAUAUUAUGCCUCCAUAUGGUACCCCUCCACAUCCGUAUGUUGCCAUGUAUCCCCAUAGUGGCUUAUAUGCUCAUCCAUCCAUGCCUCCGGGAUCUUAUCCUUUUAGCCCUUUUGCUAUGCCUUCUCCAAAUGGUAUUGUAGAAGCUUCUGGUAACACACCUGGAAGCAUGGAAGCAGAUGGUAAGCCCUCUGAGGUGAAGGAAAAAUUACCCAUAAAAAGAUCAAAAGGAAGCUUGGGCAGUUUAAAUAUGAUUACAGGGAAGAAUAAUGAGCCUGGGAAGACAUCAGGAGCCUCUGCUAAUGGAGUUCACUCUAAAAGUGCUGAGAGUGCCAGUGAAGGUACAAGUGAAGGAAGUGAUGCAAAUUCUCAGAGUGACUCACAACUCAAGUCAGGGGGCAGGCAAGAUUCUUUGGAAGGUGAUGCAUCUCAGAAUGGCAGCUCCGCACAUGGUUCUCAGAAUGGAGCGCCAAAUACUCAUACUAUGUUGAAUCAAACAAUGGCCAUCAUGCCAAUAACGGCUGCUGGUGCUUCUAGUGCUGUUCCUGGUCCUGCAACCAACUUAAAUAUUGGGAUGGACUAUUGGGGUGCUCCACCUUCUUCUGGUGUGCCUGCAAUGCGUGGGAAGGUUCCCACUACUCCAGUAACAGGAGGAUUAGUUACUGCUGGGUCUCGGGAUAGUGUUCAGUCACAGCUUUGGUUACAAGAUGAGAGAGAGCUUAAAAGACAGCGAAGAAAGCAGUCAAAUAGGGAAUCGGCUCGUCGAUCUAGGUUGCGCAAGCAGGCGGAAUGUGAUGAGCUGGCCCAGCGUGCUGAAGCAUUGAAAGAAGAGAAUGCCACUCUUAGAUCAGAAGUUAGCCGGAUCAGGAGCGAGUAUGAGCAGCUGCUCUCCGAGAAUGCAUCUCUGAAGGAGAAGCUUGGAGAAAUUCCUGGGCACGAAGAUCCAAGGUCUGCCAGAAGCGACCAAAAAUUGAGCAAUGACACUAAACAGAUUGCACAAACAGAAGUGCAUGGGGGCCAGUAGGAUGAGUAACCCAGCUUUAUGGUGCUUUCCAGGGGCACCAUCUAACCAAUUAGCAGCAACAGGGAGUUUCUUUUGCAUAGCAGCAUGUAGUUUGGCUUUUGUCCAACUUUUAACUUUUUAUAUUUUAGGUUAUGUUUAUUUGCAUAUCAUCCUUUAUUUCUCACUGGGCCUACCUUUAAGAGUGGAAGCCCUAAGAUAUGUGGUGUGAAAGUCAUGUCCUACCCUUGUCUGUUUCAUAAGGGUGGUAGUAUUCACACUAAAAUUCAUAUGUAUUAAAUAUGGUUGGUGAAUGUGUAGCUUGGGAGAUUGAUUAA